AAUUACCUCUGUGCAGACGCAGUUAAUUGCUUCUCGGGCCGUGGUCGAGGCCGCAAAUGGUGAACUUUGGGGACCGGGUACCUUCAGCUGCUUCUCCGAGAAACUGAAUUCUGAAAAGGCUAUUUGCGGCACAUAACGGCGUAGCCAGCUUCAUAGAGAGACAUGUCAUACAACUUACCUACAAGUCUUCUGCAUGCCAGUUUUAAUAAAAGAUAACGAUCAGACACAGAGAGUCUGUUUCCUGUGGCUUUCUCCUCGCGCCGCGUGGUCUGCCGCUCGCGCAGCACGUGCACCGUGCACCGUGCAGCGCACAGUGGACAGAGCCUGGGACCGAUCGUGCACGGAUUGCACAGCGAGCAGUCCGUGGCUACCUAUAAAGAGCACCCAUUGGCCCAGCCAGACACACUCGCAGUGUCGAGCACCAGCUGUCAACAUGGCGCUCACUAAGGUUUUCGCCGCUUCCCUGCUGGUCGGGCUGUGCCUGGCUGAUGGAGGUGGUCGCUUCAGUCACGGCCACGGACGUGUGACCUCAGGUCACGGAGCUGUGACCCGAGGUCACGGUCUGGGACCGGUGACUCACCAGGCUGGUCAGCUGGUGGGCGGCCAAUUCCGCCACCCAGGAGUGUCGUUUGGCUCCUUCCAGCCAAAUCUUGGCCCCGGAAUCGGCGCCGUAUCGUCCGGAUACGACGCUCCCAGCUCCGGCUACCAGGAGCCUAACCAGCAGUACAACGUCCCACACCUGCCGACCAGCUACGGUACUCCGAACACUGGCUACGAUACUCCCAGCACCGGAUACGAUACUCCGAAAACGACCUACGAUACUCCCAGCACGGGCUACGAUACUCCCAGCACCGGCUACAAUACUCCGAGCAUCGGUUACGAUACUCCGAAAACGAGCUACGAUACUCCUAGCACCGGUUACGAUACCCCGAAAACAGGCUACAACGCCCCUAGCACGGGCUACAACACCCCAAGCACGGGCUACGAUACCCCGAAGACAAGCUACGAUACCCCUAGCACUGGCUACGAUGCCCCGAAGACAGGCUACGAAACUCCGAAAACAAGCUACGACACUCCGAAAACAAGCUACGAUACUCCAAAAACAACCUACAACACCCCUAGCAUUGGUUACGAUACCCCGAAGGCAAGCUACGAUACUCCGAAAACAAGCUACAACGCCCCUAGCACCGGCUACAACACCCCAAGCACGGGCUACGAUACCCCGAAAACAAGCUACAACACCCCUAGCACUGGCUACGAUGUCCCUAAGACAGGCUACGAAACUCCGAAAACAAGCUACGAUGCUCCGAAAACAAGCUACGAUACUCCGAAAACAACCUACAACACCCCUAGCAUUGGCUACGACACCCCGAAGACAAGCUACGAUGCUCCGAAAACGAGCUACGAUACGCCGAAAACAAGCUACAAUGUUCCGAAUGUCGGCUACAACGCCCCGAAGACCAGCUACGACACCCCGAAAACAAACUACGGUACCCCGAACAAGGGUUACAGCGCUCCGAGCACUGGCUACAACGCCCCAAGUACCACCUACAAUGGUCCCAAUCAAGGCUACGCACCUCAGGUGUCUUCCCAAUACCAUGUCCCCAGCGUGUCGUCUGGCUAUGGCCCUCCCAAACAGUACGGGCAGAGCUACAACGGUUAUAGCCGCUAGUGCUCCUCGUGCCAUCUGUCCUCAUGUAAUUUGUCAGCCAUAAUAAACGCAAUGCGAUUACUCGUA